GCUUCGUGACCGCUACCACCCUCGCCUCGCUCUCGAUACCCCACGCUCGCACGCUUUCUCCACUACUGACCGCACACUCGAAGCUCGCAGCAACCAGGCGCCCAUUCACCGCCCUGCGCCGGUGCAGCACUUGACACCAGCCUCGCAGCGCCUGGUGCGCCAGCAUGUCGCUGCCCGCGCCCUUUCCCGUGCCCUCGCCGUCGCAGAUGGAGCGCCGCGAGUCGGCAGCCUCGACGGUCUCCUCUGCCUCGGCACACUCGCUCGCCACGCUGGCCGGCGACGACGACGACGACGCCACGCUGCACUCGCUGCACGCCUACCCGCAGCAGGGCAGCGGCGCCAAGUACCGCGACAACGAGGAGGAGGAGGAGGGCGAGGAGCGCGCGCUGCUGAAUGAGGAGCGCGAUGUCGAGAGCAUGCGCUCGGCACGCGACGAGAAGCAACCGCCAAGCAAGCUGCAGCUCGCACGCACACGGCGCACCGGCUUGCUCGUCUUUGGCGGCGUCAUCCUGGUGCUGCUGGCAGCCGUGCCCGUGCUCACGUGGCUCUCGUCGGGCACCUCGCGCCGCCUGAUGGUCAACAUUGUGCCGGACGACAGCUGGCUGCUGUCCACGCCGGCGCGCGCUCGGCCGCCGCGAGUGCAUGCCAGCAAGGUGCCGUCCAGCACGAACGACGCGGCGGGCAAGUGGGGUCUGGGCAACGCGCCCAGCUUCAAGUUCGACUUUGCCGUGCCUGGCUGGCGUGAUGCUGCCGGCGUGGAUGCGCAGCUGGGCACUUCUGUGUCCAAGGACAAGAAGCUCAAGCUCAUCGGCAUGGACGAGGUGUUCAACGGCACGUUCUCUGCGCGCCAGGACAGCAUCACGUGGUGUGCCGAGGACCCGGACGAGGGCGUCUUCAGCUACAUCGACCCCGCCACGAGCGACAUCAUCCUCGAGGAUGUGACGCACCUGCGCCGCAACCGCACGGGCAAGGGAGAGGUGGCCAAGGGCGGCGGCAAGGUGACGUAUGUGCGCCGCCAGGACGUCAAGGACCAACACGGCCAGUACAUCAACUGGAACAGCUUCCUCAUCAGCCCCGACAUGACCAAGGUGCUCUUCUUCACCGACCGGACGCAGCAGUGGCGGCACUCUGCGCGCUCCAACGUCUGGCUGCACCACGUGCAGGCAAAGACGACGGAGCCGCUCGGCGGCGGCCCGCACUAUCCGCCGCGCAUUCAAACGGCCUCGUGGGCGCCACGAGGCGCAACUGGCAAGGCGGAUGCAGCGCUGGCGUACGUCAUGGGCAACGAUCUCUACGUGCAGAUGCCGGACGGCAAGCCGCUGCGCGUCACAAACGACGGCACGUCGCAGGUCUUCAAUGCCGUGCCGGACUGGGUGUACGAGGAGGAGGUUGUGGCAGCGGACACCACAUACUGGUGGUCGCCGUCCGGCACCAAGCUGGCGUAUCUGCGCCUCGACGAGACUGCGGUGCCAGUCUACUCGUUCCCGAUCUACAAUCCCUCGGGCGGCAUGGCCGGCCAGACGACGCCGUACCUCUCGCAGACAGACAUGAAGUACCCCAAGCCCGGCUUCCCAAAUCCGAUCGUCAGCGCUCACGUCGUCGACGUUGCGCGCCUGGCGUCCGGCGCGACUGCAGACGAGGCCAAAGUCGAGCUGCGCAGCCCGCCAGCGGCGCGGAUGCGCGCCUCGAAGGAGGACGCGGACGUCGAUACGGCGGUGGACGAUGAGCAUCGCCUGAUUGCCGAGGUGACGUGGACUGGAGGCGACGACCUGCUGCUGCGCGAGACGAACCGCGAGAGCGACAUUGCGCGGCUCGUCCACUUCGACCUGUCUCGCAGCGCUGGCAGAGGCUCUUCAGUGCUCGGUGGCAUUGUGCGCCGCCGGGAUACGCGCAAGGAGCCGGGCUGGAUCGCACAUGGCCAAGAGAAGGUCGCGCUUGGCGGCGCCGACUCGACGAGCUAUCUCGACGUGCUGCCAGACGCAGCUGGCUUCCGGCACCUGGCCUACUUUGCCAAUGCCACGCAGCAGACGCCGCUCUUCCUCACCGAGGGCGAGUGGGAGAUUGACCGCCUCUUGCACGCCGACGUCACGCGGCACAAGGCCUACUUCCUCGCGGCGAGGCCGACGCCGGCCAGCCGGCAUGUCUACUCGGUCGACUUGCCCAAGCGCGCUGGCGAGGGCUACCGCGCCAAGGCGCCCGUGCCGCUGACCGACGACAAGCAGCCGGCAUACUUUGACGCCACAUUCGACCCCAAGGGCGCCUACUACCUGCUCUCGAACAACGGGCCCGACGUGCCGUCGGUGCGCGUGCGCGGCAUCGAUGAUGCCGGCUUUGAGCUGGUGCUGACGGAGAACGUGGAGCUGCGCAACACGAUUGCGCGCUAUGCGCGGCCGCAGAGCGUGUUCUACACUGUCAGAACGGCCGACGGCGCCGAGGUGAGCGUGCACGAGAUGCGGCCGCACGACUUUGAUGCGUCGGGCCAGACGCGCUACCCGGUCCUGCUGGCGCCGUACGGCGGGCCCAACAGCCAGGUCGUCAAGGCCGACUGGGGCAUGAGUGACUGGGGCGUCUUUCUCGCCUCGUCGCUCGGCUACGUCGUGUGCAAGAUCGACGGCCGCGGCACGGGCCUGCGCGGCCGCAAAUACCGCACGCCCGUCACCGGCCGCCUGGGCAGCGUCGAGGCCGAGGACAUGAUAGGCGCGAUGCGCGAGAUGCGCAAGCUGCCGUACGUCGACGAGGCGCGCGCGGGCAUCUGGGGCUGGAGCUUCGGCGGCUACCUCACGAGCAAGGUGCUGGAGCGCGACGCGGGCGUCUUUUCGCUCGGCAUGGCCGUGGCGCCGGUGAGCCGCUGGGAGUUCUACGACUCGAUCUACACGGAGCGCUACAUGAAGCAGCCGGCCAACAACCGGCAGGGCUACGAGAAUGCCUCGGUGCACAUCACCGACGGCUUCCGGCACGCCCAGUACCUGCUGGCGCAGGGCUCGGGCGACGACAAUGUGCACUUUGAGAGCUCGGCACAUCUGCUCGACAUGCUCCACGCCGCCAAGAUCCGCAACUUUUCCUUCCGCAUGUUCACCGACUCGGCGCACUCGAUCAGCACGCGCGGCGCCUAUCGCGAGCUGCACGAGUUCCUCACGCGCUUCCUCGUCGCGGCGUGGGGCGCCGGCGGCCUGCGGCGCUUCGACGGGCAGGCGGGCCACCGCGUCACGCGGCGCGCCCUGGCGGAGGCGUCGCAGGAGCGCCGAGACGAGGAGCGCCAGGCGCGCGAUAUUGCGGCGGUGCACGAACAUGUGGCGCUGCAGAGGCGCAUCGUGGAUCGCGCUGGACGUGACCCGUGAAAAAGACAAUAGCAUUAUGACGCAC